UUCAUCCAUUUUGUUAUGUAUUUAGACAUUAUUAUAUCUAAAUGCAUAGCAAAAUGAAUAUACCAAAAAAGUUAAAACGAUUUAUAAUUUGGAACAGAGAAAGUACAAUAUUAUACAUCCACUGGUCCAAAAUGAGUGCUGUUGUGGAAUAUGUGCAAAUAAACGUUGUUCUAACUUCUCAUACGAGGACUAUAUUAACAUUAGUGUAUGAUAUCAAUGUUCCAAUUAUAGUUCCCUUUAGCUUUGUACUAAGUAACUUCUCUAGGGUUAGUCAAGUUUUGAAAAAUAUAUAUUAACAUCUACAAGUUUGAAAAGAUGCACUAGCAAGAAAUAUUUCAUGGAGAGUUUAACAAAAUUAAUUUGAUGUUGUAGAUGUUGAAGCUGGAGAGUUUUAUUACUAAUAAGACAAGGGGGUCCUGGCUGUCAAGUAAAUCAGACCAAAUUUCCUUUGGAUGUAUUCCAAAAUCCCAGAGCCUUGUAUCGAACCACAGUUGGACAAAUGUAAAAUGCUCGCUUUCUUUUUCACAACUACUGUAUUUUGCAACAAUGAGUUGCAAUCUCCAAAGAUGGCCAUUUGUCCUAAGUGGCAGCUAAGCUCCAAGAUUUUUGCUCUCACCAAAGCAAACUUGUCCUAAUCAGUAAUCACCAUACUGUGGUUACACAAGGCAGGCGCCAAUCGCGAGAGAGACGUCGUCAUACACGCGUGUUUAGGCUCAAACACCGGCCGGCCGCCGGCCAUGCGCCCCAACGCGUCAACGCCGGCGACCGGCGAUGCCGACGGCGACACGGGCGCCACUGCCCUUGCAAAGCUCCAUGCUUCGCGAGCUGCCAUCGUCUCGGUGCUUUCAGCCGCGGCCGAGGCUGAGGUCGAAAUCGACGCCAUCGGUGACCGCCUGGACGAGCUCCUGUCCAGCGCCUCGCCGUCGUCCUCCCACAACCUCCAGUCCCAAGCCGUGGCGGCACGAGCGCUGAGCGCGCGCAUCGACCGCGCCGUCGCGCCGGCCGAGCCCCUCCUCGCGGCGUUCCGCCGCGUGUCCUCGCUCGCCGUGGAGGCCGCGCCACCCGCGAACCCGGGCGACACCGAGAGCGCGGUCGCGUUCGUCGACCGCGUGGACCAGCUGCGGGACGCCAUCGAGGACGUGGUGGCGCGCGGAGAAGAGGCAGUCCGGAGGGUGGAGGAGGCGGUCGGCUUCCUGGGCCGGACCAAGGCCGCCGGCCGCGGCCGCGUCCGGAGGCUGACCGAGGCCGCCGCGGCGCUGCGCGCGGUGUACGAGACGGAAGCCGAGGAGAUGCGCUUCGAGGGCCCGCUCGACGAUGCUCUCCUCGGCCUCCAGGAGCUAUUCGAGGCGCUGCUCCUCAGACUGAAGCACCCGGCGCCCGUGGACGACGACGUCGUCGCCGGCGCCGACGGAGACACGGCCGGGUACGAGCUGGGCACUGACGACGUGGUGGAGGCCGCCGCAAGGAUGGCCAGGACGCUCGCCGGCAACGACUGCUUGGAUAUCUGCCUCGACAUCUACGUCACGACGAGGUACAGGAGAGCAGCCAAGGCGAUGAUGCGGCUGAACCCGGCGUAUCUCAAGUCGUACACGCCGGAGGAGAUCGACGCCAUGGAGUGGGAGUCGCUGGAAUCGGCGAUGGCGCUAUGGAGCCCGCAUUUCCACGUGGCUAUCGCCUCCGUGCUCGUCGCGGAGCGGCGGCUCUGCGCGCGCGUGCUCGAGCCCCUGCCGCCGGCGGUCUGGCCCGAGUGCUUCGCCAAGAUCGCCGCCCGCAUCGUCGCGGCGUUCUUCCGCUUCGCGGACGGCGUGUCCGCCGCGGCGCGCGAGCCGCAGAGGCUGUUCAAGCUGCUCGACAUGCUCGACGCGGUGGUCCUGGAGAGGGAGCGCCUGGACGAGCUCUUCACCAGCGAGUCGGCCACGCUGGUCGCCAUCCGCGAGCGCACGCGCGAGGUGGAGCGCGCGCUGGCGCGCGCCGCGUCCGGCGUGUUCUUCGAGUUCGGUCUCCGCAUCGAGACGCUCUACGUCACCGGCGCCGGCGGCGCCGACGCCGGGCACGUGCCCAAGAUCGUGCGGUACGCCGUGAACUACCUCAAGUGCCUCGCGUCCGACGACUACCGCGCGCUCAUGGACACCGCGCUGCGCGCGGAUCUGGACGGCGGCGACGAGGGCGAGGGCGAGGGCGGUGGCCGCGCCCCGCUCGCCGAGGCGGCGGCGAGCGUGCUGGAGGCGCUGCACCGGCACGUCGAGGCGGCGCGCCGGGUGUGCUCGGACACGGUGGCGUCGCACGUCAUGGCCAUGAACGCGUACUGGUACAUCUACAUGCGCUCCAGGGGCUCGGAGCUGGCGAAGCUGGUGGGCGAGGACGCCAUGCGGCGCCGGUACAAGGCGGCGGCCGAGGAGGCGGCGUGGGAGUACCAGGACGUGGUGUGGACCCCGCUGGUCCGGCUCGUCAGCGGCAGCAGCUCCGGGGCGCCCAAGACCUGGUCGCCGGACGACGCGCGGGAGAAGGCGGUGGCGUUCGCUGACAAGCUCGAGGAGCGGGUGAGGCGGCACGGGGCCGAGUACAAGAUACCGGACGGCGACCUCCGGGGACAGAUCAAGGUCGCGGCGGCCAAGGCGGUGCGCGGCGCGUACGCCGGGUUCCUGAAGGCCAACGACAAGGCCCUGGCUGGCGGCCGGAAGCAACUGCUGCCGCUGGACAUCAUCGAGGGAAUGGUCGGGCAGGUGUUCGACGAAAUGGGCGAUGGAGCCGCCGGCAGCGUCGGCCGGGCGAGGAGCCGGCGGGAGUCGAGGAGCAGCGGCAAUCUGGAGGGCUUCUACGCCGUCUAAAAAUAGUGAAUUGCAUACUUCUGUUAUUACGUAGGAGUACUUGAGUUUCUGUGUUGAACCAACAAAGUUGUGUUAUUAAAUCUUCAAAGAUAAUGUGAUCCAUCAAAAUCUACUUUACCACAGUAUGUACUUGAAAACUAGAUAAAUUUAAAACCUUGGAAAUAUA